ACCUCAUCUCAUCCUGUUUCUUUGACCCUUCCGCCGCCUCUUCCUCAAACCCUAGCCGCCUCUGAAUCUCGCUCGCCAAAACCCUUGCCGAUUCUUCCCUUUUGCUCUUGAUUUUUUCUUGCAGACGCGCUCUCAGCCACCUUUCGUUCCCUAAUCCGCCGUUUCCGGUCUCGAAGGAUGGGUGAAGCCAGGGACAACGAUGCUUACGAGGAGGAGCUUCUCGACUACGAGGAGGAAGAGGAGAAGGCCCCUGAUUCCGCCGCUGCUAAGGCCUCUGGUGAAGCGGUGAAGAAGGGUUAUGUUGGAAUUCACAGUUCAGGUUUCAGAGACUUCCUGUUGAAGCCAGAACUUCUCCGUGCCAUUGUAGAUUCAGGUUUUGAGCACCCAUCCGAAGGUAAUCAGUACUUCCAUAUUCCUGAGUCUGGAGAAUGGUAAAGCUUUCCAUUAAAAGGAUCAAGAAGGUUAAUUUUUACUUACUGGGCUACUGCUCCAAUUUUGUUUGGUUCUCCAUCAGUACAACAUGAAUGCAUCCCUCAAGCUAUCCUUGGAAUGGAUGUCAUCUGCCAAGCUAAGUCCGGAAUGGGGAAAACUGCUGUUUUUGUUCUUUCAACUCUACAGCAAAUUGAGCCCGUUGCAGGGCAAGUUGCUGCACUUGUGCUAUGUCAUACAAGGGAAUUGGCUUAUCAGAUCUGCCACGAGUUCGAGAGGUUCAGCACUUACUUGCCUGAUAUUAAGGUUGCUGUUUUUUAUGGUGGAGUUCACAUCAUGAAGCACAAGGAUAUUUUGAAGAAUGAAUGCCCACAUAUUGUAGUCGGCACACCAGGAAGAAUACUGGCACUUGCAAGAGAUAAAGAUCUUUCUUUGAAGAAUGUGAGGCACUUUAUUCUUGAUGAAUGUGACAAGAUGCUCGAGUCACUUGAUAUGCGUAGAGACGUUCAGGAGAUCUUCAAAAUGACACCUCACGACAAGCAAGUUAUGAUGUUCUCAGCGACUCUCAGCAAGGAGAUCCGCCCCGUGUGCAAAAGAUUCAUGCAAGAUCCUAUGGAAAUAUACGUUGACGAUGAGGCCAAACUGACAUUGCAUGGUCUAGUACAGCACUACAUCAAACUAACCGAGUUGGAAAAGAACCGGAAACUGAAUGAUCUUUUGGAUGCACUGGACUUCAAUCAAGUUGUGAUCUUUGUGAAAAGCGUGAGUAGAGCAGCGGAGCUGAACAAGUUACUUGUCGAGUGCAACUUCCCAUCAAUCUGUAUCCACUCUGGCAUGUCACAGGAGGAAAGGUUGACGAGGUAUAAGAAUUUCAAGGAAGGUCUUAAAAGGAUUCUUGUAGCUACCGAUCUGGUUGGGAGGGGAAUUGAUAUUGAGCGAGUCAACAUCGUGAUAAACUAUGACAUGCCAGAUUCCGCUGACACUUAUCUCCACAGGGUUGGAAGGGCUGGUCGUUUUGGUACCAAAGGACUUGCUAUUACGUUUGUUUCUUCGGCUUCAGACUCUGAUGUUCUCAAUCAGGUGCAAGAGAGGUUUGAGGUGGACAUUAAGGAGCUGCCAGAGCAGAUUGACACUUCAACCUACAUGCCGUCGUGAUGACAUGGCAAUGUUGCAAGCAACUGGUUGGAAGACUGGACAUGGCAACGGUGCCGGCGUGAUGUAAAAGUUUUCACUGGAAUUGGUUCUAGAAAUUUCUUUCGAGAUAGGCGGUGGUAGGAACUGUAUGUACCUUUAAAGCGUAAACCACGCGGCAGCUUCUUACAGCUUAAUGGUUUGCCUUUGCUUUAUGUAGUUACUACCAUAAUUAAUUAUGACAAUGAUUGUAGUCGUUUUAUAUUUCUUUUAGAACAAAUACUUCUGAUCUGUUUUUCUUA